AUGUACCUCAAUGCAUACAGCUUAGUGCAUCAACGAAAUUUGUUUUUCGAGCAAUUCAUUUUCUUCAAAGUACUCGGGUUGUCACCCUGGACACUAAAUUUUUCAGCGAAAGCUUCUAGAGGCAGAAAUACUAAAUUCACAGUGUGGAGAUUCUCACACAUCACAACUUACACAUUCCGGCAGCAAAAAAUGAUUAAAAUCUUCAACAAGAUGAACAAUAUCGACCAAACUCUGCAAAGGUACGCUUUCCAUUCAUCUGAAAACGGAAAUGUUAUCAUUAGUUUGAUAUUCAUUUUCAACAUCCUAAUCUGCGCUGUUCUUGUUACACUGGGAUUACACAAUGCUGUUUUGGAUAUGAUCCAGAAAAGGUUCAAGUUCCUAAACUCAAGCAUCAUGAAGCUGGGCAACAUUGAAGAAGAUUCAAAACUGUCCCCGGCGUUUUCUCUCCAAAGACUUGCGGCUCAACGCAGGCCAGCGCUUCAUGAUGUCGUAAAUAUCAGGCAUACGUACCAUAAAUUGUGUGAAAUUUGUGAAGAUGUCUCCGAAUUUUACGGUUUCACGAUUUUAGCAGGCAUGGCGCAUAACGGAAUAUUGGUUACGUUAAUAGUUUCAUACUUUCUGUUAGUGUUUUUCAUGGGAAUGAUUAAAUUAGAUUUGAUAUCAUGUUUUACUUACGGAGUUAUUGUAGUAUGGUUUGCAUUCCAAACUACUGUGUUGACUUCGUAUGUGACUAGGACAAUAAUUCAGAUUGAAAAAACGGCAAAUGUUAUCAAUAAAUUAAUCCGUCAAUGUGCGAUGGACGAAAAAGUCGAGAAAGAACUGAUUAACUUUAGAUGCGAGCUGGCAUUUCAAAAAGUCAAAUUCACAGCUUGGGGAAUCUUUUCACUAGACCGUUCAUUUUUAGCUUCC